AUGCCACAAGCUGACUCGGAUGCCAUGUCGACGCUCGACCAGCGAGCAUAUGGCAAGCAGCUGUUGCCAGGUGAAGGAGCUGCUAUGGCAUCCUAUGUCCAAGAAGGCAAGCGGAUACCGCGACGUGGCGAAAUCGGGCUCAGCGCUGAGCAGAUUGCAGCAUUUGAGCGUGCUGGUUUCGUCAUGAGUGGCUCGCGCCACCAGCGAAUGAAUGCUGUGCGUGUGCGUAAGGAAAACCAGGUCAUCUCUGCUGAAGAGCGUCAGUCAGAACUGCACCAAAAACGACAGGAUCGUGCACGUAAAGAGGCUGACAUCAUUGCGCAGUUUCGCGAAAUGGUUGACAUGUUGCAACAGCAACAAUCACCAAGCUAA